UGCGUUCUGACCUCGAUAUCUUUUGAGACGGCAAGAACCAUUUCUCGGCGUUUUGCAGAUUUUAACACCACUAGAGCACUAAACAACGGCUAAGAACUACUUUAGAGGUCAAGAAAGUCUUUCUAAAUAGUUUAUUUAUUUAAUUAUCAUGCCUACCCGAAAGCGUGCUCAAGCAGCGAAGAGAAAAGGACCGGCGUCUGAUGGUGCUGCUGGCGUAAAGAAAGCCAAGAAAGAAAAAGAUUCUGUGAUUGAGAAGGAAACUGGUUAUGUGUUGACGAUGGGACAAGGAGAUGUGGGACAACUUGGCCUUGGAGAGGAUGUGUUAGAAAGAAAGAAGCCUGCCCUUGUAAAAGGUCUUGAAGAUGUAGAAAUUGUUCAGGUUGAGUGUGGUGGAAUGCAUACUGUUGCUCUUAGCAACAAAGGGGAGGUAUAUUCCUGGGGUUGCAAUGAUGAAGGUGCUCUUGGCCGUGUAACAUCGUCAGAGGAUGGCAGUGAAUUUACUGCUGGCAUUGUAGAUCUUCCUGAUGAUGUUGUUAUCGUCAUGGUUUCAGCAGGGGACAGUCAUACUGCUGCUCUGUCAAAUAAAGGAACUGUAUAUGCUUGGGGAACAUACAGGGAUGCUGGUGGUCAAGUUGGCUUACAGCCUGAUGGGGUCAAGCAUAAACCAAUUGUAAUCCUGACAUCUGACAAUGACCCAAUCAACAAGGUAGCUUCUGGUAAUGAUCACACUGCAGCACUAACAGCCAAUGGGAACAUCUUCACGUGGGGUUGUGCCGAACAAGGUCAGCUAGGUAGAGUUAAAGAAUGCUUCACUAGUCGUGGUGGCAGAAGAGGACUGCAGUACAUACUGAACCCUUCAUUAGUAAGACUCAAGAAAUCGCUGAAGUUUAAAGACGUCUUUUGUGGAAGCUAUGCCACAUUUGCAGUGGCUAAAUCUAAUACCAUCUAUGCAUGGGGGUUAAAUAACUAUGGCCAGUUAGGUACUGGAGAUCUAGAAAAUGGCUACCUACCUGUGAAGAUAGAGUCUCUUAGUGAGCUAAUCUCCGAAGAUGAGGAGGAUAAAAGAGUAGAAAUUGCAAACGGCCAACACCAUACAUUAUUUCUGGACACUAAGGGUAAAGUGUAUGCCUUAGGAAGAGCUGAAUAUGGAAGACUAGGUAUUGGAAAGGAUGCCAAAGAAACAACCUCCCCAGUUCACAUUGCAUCACUCAAUAAUGAAAUCAUCAAUAAAAUUGCUUGUGGGGAAGUGGUUAGCUUUGCUGUUUCUGAUAAAGGGGAGUUGUAUUCCUUUGGCAUGGGAAGCUGUCUACAGCUUGGAGUUGGUGAGGAAGAAGAUGUACAUGUUCCUACAAAAGUGCAAGGAAAAAAUCUUCAAUCUGAUUCCCAUAGAGUUGUUGGAGUGUCAGCUGGAGGUCAACACACUGUUCUUCUCGUUCAAGACAGAAAUAAGGAUGCCGAGACUUAAGUGUGUUCUGUGUUCCUUAAUACUUUAGACUUUUUUAAUGAAAUAUUGUUUAAAUUAAGUUUUUUUGUUGUAUAAUUUAGAGCUGGUCACACCUUGAAUUUUUAUCCGUUUCUAUUAAUUUCAAGUGUUACUACUCUUCCCAGUAGACCAAGCCAGUUGUGAUUUCUUAUUGCCUUCCUUGUACUGUAGCCUCUGUUAUAUUAACUACAAGUGUGUUUCAAAUCAACCACCUUAAGUCCAGUGUUGUACCACAGGUACACGUUUUUUACACCACAUGCACUUCAAUCAAGUGGUAAAAUAACUUGUCCGCGUGGUACGACAUUGGCAUCAUGUGGUUGAUUUGAAAUGCACUUGCAUUUAACAUGCUACGAAGGUGAUGAAAAUAUCACAGCUGUCUUGGCCUACUCGUCCUACCUAUGUGGUCGAUUUGAAAUGCAUUUGCAUUUAACAUGCUAUGAAGGUGAUAAAAAUAUCACAGCUGUCUCGGCCCACUGGAAAGAGUUGCUUUACUUUACUACUAGCACCAUAACUGUUUUAGCAAUCAGGACUUACAUUUAAUUGUUGAAAGUGAUGACCUAAAACGAACACAAAAUGCAGCCUUCAUUUCAGGGAGCAUGUGCCAAAUAUCGUUUUGUUUCAUUAGAUACCAGUAUGUUUCUUUGUGUUUUGCUUACUAUAAAUAGUGAAUUGGAAGGACUGUCUUGUAUAGUUUUUGCAUUGGAAAGUGAACAAUGCCUUAGCUAAAUAUAUUAUGUAAAUUACUGCUUUUUAAAGAAUGACAACAUUUUAAUUUUUGUUUCAAAUACAAUAUUAGAGUGCUUUCAGUCAACUUCAGAACAAUAUAAACAUGCAAAUAAAGAAUUAGUAAGUUGUGGCAGCAGUCUAUUAGUAGGAAUAUCUUUGUGAAGGCUUUUAACCCAUGAAAUAAAUAGAAAAUAUGUCAACAUGUAGUAGUCAAAUAGACACAAAGGAAAACAAUGAAGUUGGCGCCUACCAAAAUGUAUUUGUCAAAUCCAACUAGCUAGUGGUCUAUCAUCAAUGCUGCUUUCUGAUUGGAUGAGCUACUAAUACUAGGCUAAAAAUUAUAUGCUAUAAAAGUGAAAAGUGCCAGCUUUGAAAAUCAAAGCAUUCAGGGGCGUAUCCAGAGGGGUCACCGGGUGCCCGUGACCCCCCUUUCAAAGCCAAAAAAAAUCUAACAGGCCGUUGAUGCAGUGUGUAAGAUUUGUUUAGACUUAACUUAAGCUGUUAAGAAAAUCAGUUUUCUCGCUUUUCUGUUCCCCUCUAUUGACCAUGAUUCUUUUUCGUCAAAACAACAGAUUGCUUUGACAUCAUAUGAUGUCAUAGUGACAAUUUGGUAUGUAAAGACCCUCCCAAUUACAAAUCCUGGAUACACCCCUGACAUUGUAUCUAUAAAUACUUGUCCAACUAGUUGGAUUUGACUUAAACAAUAAAUUAGUCCUCUUGCCCUCAUGGCCUAUGAGUCAAUAGCCCAUGCAGGCUCGAGGACUAUAAUUGCUAAAAAGAUGUUGUGUAUCCCUUCCCAUGAGAAUUAUAUGACAAAAGACAUGAAAAUUACAUGCACACUAAGAGUGGACUACUUUGAGAAUAUGGUGGCCAUCUUGGAUCAUGAUCAAGGCAUUAUGGGGUGGCAACUAAAGCAUUGAUACAGUAUUUUCCAUCAUCUUUGUUUUGUUUUGCCCCCUGGCAAGAGGGUCGCUGUAUCUUUGAAGAAGUCCAUUGAAUUGUGCAGAUUAUUCACCACAGGCAAAUAUUAUUGGAGUCACUCGAAAUACAAAUAAAAGCUCUGUUAAGCACAAA